AUGUCUCUUCCACCUGAACUCCGGGUGUUGUGCUUCCAGCUCUCCAAUACCCCCACAGAGGAUCUCCCACGCCUUACUCCUGUUCUCCUACAAUAUGUAUCACGCUGUCAGGUCCCGUUGUCCACCCCUGCAGGAAGUGCUGCCGGUCCUGACGCAUCUUCUUCCUCAGUGCUAGUGCACAAGCUCAAGACCCAAUUAUCCACAUUACUCAAAGGCAAAACCCUUGAGGCGAGGUUCACUGCGGUGCUUUUAAUCAAAGCUGUGGUCGAGACAGGAGGGUGGGAGAUUUUGCAAGCUUCGGAGCUCAGGAGCCAGUGGAUUCCAGGGCUAUUGUCCAUUCUUGUGAAACAAGAUAGUGCUAUCACAAAAGAAUUGUGUAUUCUGGCACUCACCAAGAUCUAUUGCAUGACCCAUCCAUACCAGACCCUUGUGCGGGAGGUCACGACACCUACGCUGCCUACCUUUGUGACCUCUUGUCUGAACCUGAUCUUGUCCAAGUCCUCGGGCAAAAAUUUUGAUGUGCCCUCAUCUCUGAUUGAGGCUAUCUUCUGUUCUUUCUCAACCCUGUUGCCUCGACAUACUACCAUUUAUCGGCCAGAGGUCUCUCGGAUACGUCUCGCCACAAAGCCUUACCUGGCGCCCACGUUGUCGGACGGUUUCGUCCCAUCGUCACUUAGAGAGAGCGCUCGUCGCCUUGUUGUACUGCUUCACCUCACCGCCCCCAAGAAUGCUGGAGGUGAGGAAUGGGGGAAGGCUGUGCGUAGUCUCGUAAAGGAGGUUCACGUGACAGCCGAUCAAGUCUUUCGAGCUGUCGUCGAAGACUGGGAGUCUACUGCAGGGUAUAUCGGCGAGCCUGUCGAUUUCAACCAAGAGUUAGCUGGAGGCUCUGAUGCUGCAGAUGGCUUACCUAGCUGGACGGGUAUCCAUGCUGGUGUCGAGCGACUUGUGGGACUGCUUGCUAUCUUGGAGGGGUACAUCAAGAGUGAGACAUCGACUCCUGUCUCGAUACCGCUGGGUGCUGUUAUGGAUAUGGUCACCAGAAUGCUGUCGAUUGCUAUCCCAUCAUCAUCGGGAUCCUCUGGGAGUGUCCGCUUACAUCCUGCCGUUGACCGAGAUGAGCGUGAUGGUCUAUGGAGUGGCAUGCCGCAGAUAUAUGUCGCUGCACUGCAACUCAUCAACACUCUUGCUAACCGGCUACAAGAGGGCUUUCUCCCCUUAGCGCAAGGAGCUCUUAAUCAGCUUACAUGGGUUUUCCCCUCAGGCAGGCAUGACCCAUCAUUCCGUCAACAAACCUACCGACUCAGCGCCAAAACCUUAAUGUUCAUCGGCAAAGGCCUGGACAGGAAUCAGGCUGCCAAGCUAAUUCCAAUUGUUCGGUUCUGUUGCAGGGAUUUGCAGGCCGAUCCAGGGUCCGUCAGCUCUGGGUCACCAUCCGGAACCAUCCCCAGCGAGUUGAAGGUCACAAGUCACAAUGGAGCUACUCCUUUGCAGAGCACGGUUGGUGUGGCUGUAGAUCCCCGAAUGGAGAAUACGGAGCUCUUUGGUACUGCCAGUGAACUCUUGCCUUUGCUUAUUUCCCAUUUGCCUCAACAAUAUCUAGAUAUCUCACUGCGUGCUCUCAUCGAGCGUACGGCUAUUUUGACUCACAAUAAAGAUGCUAUGCUGGCUGGCAUCUUGAAUCCAUUCAUAGGAAAGGAUGGAACGGUGAUGACGAGCAUUCUGCCUCACAUGACAAGAGAGUUUGGGGAUGAUGAUGUGGUUGAGGUCCUGCUACGUCCACGCAUGCCGCUUGUUCCUUCCCCCGUUGCAAAGAUCUCAAUGGAGGAAGGCGUUGUGGGGCUAUCCGAGGAUGAGGACAUGGUCAUGCAGCAUCAGGAUACUAUUUCCGAACAAGAGGGGCCCCGUGGGGGUGCUGUUGGACCGGGGGAAAUCAACCUUGAUGGACGAGGCGAUGAUGCGUCAACAGAAAGCCAUGGACUAGGAAACACGUUCUCGGCACGAUCUCUGGCUCGGGAUGCCAAUGCCGACUCGUCUGUCAGCAGGACGAACUCACCAGCCCUUGGUACUGCGCUCGCUUCACCUCCCUCACUCUCACAGCCUCCUGCUGGACCAAUUGGUUCAACUAGUCAAACCCAUACCCAAUCUCUUCAACGAGCGGAACAUGUUGAUACCAACAUGGACGAGGACUCAUCAGACUCGGAUGACGGUAGUGUCCAUCUCACAAUGGAACUGGAUACUGAUACGGAUGAUGAUGGCGCUGUUGAGGCGUAG